CAAUUCGAAAAGAGCAGUUGUGUUUGGCUUGCGAGGCUGCCCAGAGCGGAAAGCGAGCGCGGACGAUGAAUAAAAUAUUUGGAAUUUGGUGUGCCCUGUGCCUGCUGCUUAUUUUGCCCACGUCCGGAAAUACACAAUCCCCGGAAAAUGCACAAUCCCCGGAAAAUUCCCAGCUCCUGGUGGCCAUCCACUACGAGGCCCUGUGUCCAGACAGCAUGAACUUCAUCCGCCGCCGACUCUACGAUGCUCUAAACGACAAUAACUGGUGGUCCGUCACCGAUCUGAAGCUAUAUCCAUUUGGCAAAGCGGGGUUCUACAACAGUUCAGGCAAAACGCAGGUGUACUGCCAACACGGUGAAGAUGAGUGCGAACUGAAUGCCCUGCACGCCUGUAUUAUUGAGACCCUAGAUAUUCGGAAGGCCUUUGACCUCAUCUAUUGCAUGCUGAGAUCCUACUCAAAUGAACUGGAUAAAUGUUCCAGGAGCAUGGGUUUGGAUGUGAGCAAGGCCAGGGAAUGCAAAAGUUCGCGAACGAACGCCGAAAUUUUGGAGCCCUAUGGCAGGGAAACCCUCAAACUUGAACUCUCCUUUGUGCCCAGCAUUGUGUUUGAGAACAACUUUAAGCCCUACGGACAGAGAAGCAUUCGCAACAAUUUCGAAAGGCAUUUUUGUCAAGAGUACAAGAAGAAGUUCAACAUUACACUGCCAACAUGUUCCGCAAUUUUGUAAAACCUUUCGUAAUGAGUAAUUUUUUUUACAUGUGCCAAGACCAAUAAAUAAUAAUUACACUUCA